GUUUGUGUGAGAAUUCUUCGGUAUGGCUACUGCCCUCGGCUCCAGUUCAAUCCCCGGUAUCUUGGCCAGUGGAGCUUCGGAAAAUAGAGGCGAAAACGCGAGACUCGAGAGCUAUGUCGGAGCAAUCGCCAUUGGUGAUCUGGUCAAGACCACUCUGGGCCCUAGGGGUAUGGACAAGAUUUUGGAGAGCAUGGAUAAGCAAGGCCCUCGUGGGAAGAACGUCACUGUUACCAACGACGGAGCCACAAUUCUACAGUCCAUCUGGGUCGACAAUCCCGCAGCCAAGAUUCUGGUCGACAUGAGCCGAACUCAGGACCAACAGUGUGGCGAUGGCACGACCUCAGUGGUCGUAUUGGCGGCCGAGAUGCUUCGUCGGGCUGAGGACUUAGUGACCAUUCAGAAGCUCCAUCCCAUGGUUAUCAUCAAGGGAUUUCGCGCUGCUCUUGCUUGUGCGAGGAAGACAUUGGACGGUUGCGCCUUCGAUAACGGCAAGGAUGAAGCCAAAUUCCGCGAGGAUCUGCUCGCUAUCGCUCGAACGACACUCUCGUCAAAGCUCCUUCACUACGAGAAGGACAAGUUCGCUGAGCUGGCCGUUGACGCAGUUCUUCGCCUGAAGGGUCGGAAGAACUUGGAUUACAUCCAGGUGAUCAAAAAGCCCGGUGCUUCGCUGCGUGACAGCUACCUUGAGGAGGGCUUCAUCCUCGAGAAGCGUAUCGGCACAGGUAUGCCUAAGAAAAUCGAGGAUUGCAAUGUGAUGAUUGCCAACACUCCAAUGGAUACUGACAAGAUCAAGAUCUACGGCGCUCGGGUUAAGGUCGAUUCUUUGACCAGCGUUCAGGAAAUUGAGGCCGCCGAGAAGGAGAAGAUGAAGGAUAAGGUCGACAGAAUUUGCGAUUCGGGCUGCAACGUUUUUAUCAACAGACAAUUGAUAUACAAUUAUCCUGAGCAGUGCUUCCGUAAGCGCGGAGUUGUGGCCAUUGAGCAUUCGGAUUUCGAUGGCACUGAGAGGCUUGCCGCUGUGCUCGAUGCCGACAUCGCUUCUACUUUCGAGGAACCCAAGAAGAUCAAAUUAGGCCACUGCAAGGAAAUCAAGGAGAUCAUGUUAGGUGAAGACAAGGCUAUUCAGUUCACUGGCUGUGCCUCUGGUGAGGCUUGCUGCAUCGUCCUUAGAGGAGCUAGCCAGCAUGUUCUCGAUGAGGCUGAGCGUUCUCUUCACGACGCGUUGGCCGUCCUCUACCAGACCAUCAGCGAGACUAGAGUCGUCUACGGUGGUGGAUGCACAGAGAUGGAAAUGGGAGUUAACGUCCUGGAGUUGGCCUCCAAGACUGAGGGAAAAGAAGCGCUCGCUGUCGAAGCUUUCGCUAAGGCCUUGAUGGCGAUGCCUGGAAUUCUAGCUGAGAACGGAGGAUUCGAUGCUGCCGAGCUGGUCGGCAAUCUCCGAGCGAUGCAUCAGAAGGGACAUGCCGACGCUGGGCUUGAUCUUUCCAAGGGUGUCGUGUCGAGUAUGUCGGAACUCCGAAUCUGCGAGUCCUACCGUUCUAAACUCUCUCAACUUUGCGCCGCAACGGAGGCCGCCGAGCAGGUUGUACGCGUAGACAACAUCAUCAGAAACGCUCCUAGACAGCGCAACGCAUAAAUACUACGUCACUACUUCUUUGUCAAGCGAUUGGGGGAUGGAGACUGGCGCCGUUCAAUGUGUGACAGAGAUCAUAUACC